AUGCGUCUGCCGGGAGUCGAACCCGGGUCUAUUGCUUGGAAGGCAAUUAUCCUAACCGUUGGACUACAGACGCUGCUUGUUUAUACAGCUUCGAAAGAGUUUGCACAAGAUGCACAUCCAUAUGUCUUGCUCCAGUUACACGCCCUUUUUGUGUUCCCCCCUAACAACAAGUAUGAACAAACCCACAAGAAGUGUUACUGCCACUGCAAUAGUAGUCAACGCCAUAGUCAACGCAGCUCAAAGCUUCCCUCUCUCAAAGCUCUCCUUCUGGUUCGCCCCAACGACUCGCCCACCUGGUCUUCUCUUCUCGAGCUUCGCUUUAACUCAAACCCAUCAAUCGGAUCGGACUACUCUACCCUUUUCAACCCGUUUGCGCAUCAUGGGUCGGGUGACGGUUUGAGAAACGGGUCUGUGCAGGCUCUUCCGCACUCUUUGGUGUUGGACAGUGAGAAAGGUGAGCUUGUGAAAGCUCCAGCUAGAGUGGGAAAGAAAGGUGUUUCAGAAGCUAAGGCUUUGGCGGCUUUGAAGAAUCACAGUGAGGCUGAGAGGAGGAGGAGAGAGAGAAUCAAUGCACAUCUCUCCACUCUUCGUGGACUUGUUCCCUGCACUGAAAAGAUGGACAAAGCCGCAUUACUUGCUGAAGUUAUCCGCCAAGUCAAAGAGCUGAAAAAGGAUUCCCUAGAAUCCAGCAAGGGUUUUCUCAUUCCCAUUGAUGCCGAUGAAGUAAAGGUUGAACACUAUGACAGUGGGGUAGGAGAUGGAACCAUAUCUUUGAGGGCAUCCAUCUGCUGUGACUACCGCCCUGAGCUUCUCUCUGACCUAAAAGAGGCUCUUGAUUCCCUUCACUUGAAAAUGGUGAAGGCAGAAAUGGCAACCCUGGGAAACCGAGUGCACAAUGUAUUUGUUUUGACUGGCUGCAAAGAAGGAAACAAUGAUGCUGAGGCAUACCAACACCUUGCAAAUUCCAUUCACCAUGCCUUGAGUUCUGUCCUCGAUAAGGCCUCAGUCUCGCCUGAAUACUCUCCAAGAACAACGCUGCCAAGUAAAAGACAAAGGAUCUCUUACUUCGAUACCUCGAGCUCAUCCUCAUGAUUGAGAGCAAGAUUCUUUGGUGGCGGUAGAGAUGUGCAUAUUGUGAUCUAAAAUGGGUUUAUGUAUUUGUAUCCUUAGACAUGGAUGUGUGCAAGAUCAACUAUUUGUGAUAUCUGCAUGUAUACAUUGUAUAACAAAAACACUGAUGAAUAAUACCAAAGGCAAGAGAAAGCUGCUUUUAUGUA